GCGGCAGGCAGAACCCAACGGACGCAGAUAAACAGAGGUCUCUCAGAGGAAGGAAGACAGACGAGCGAACGAAUAUUUCUAGCUUUAUCGCAAUUCACCGCAUCGAAACGCGUUUAUGGUUCUCCGUUAAAACUUUUAAGAUCCCACUCUGCUUGAAUACCUGUCAAUCUGCGUCAAAACGCGUCUGAGAAGUUUUAACCCAUUUACUGAUGGACUGACAGACGGAUUCUCCUCAGACGACGCAAUCUAAACAAUCCACACUUUACCUCGUUCUCUCAAGAAAAAGCCUCGGUUUUCCCUCAGGAGGACUUCGAGUGGACAAUUAAGAGAUGCAGAGCUGUGAGCAGCGUUGACCGGCGGCGUCUGGAGAAACAUGGAGCCUUGUGUUGAGUCUCAGGGAGAUCCUGAGAGAGCUCAGCAUCAUGCAGAGAGCAGAGAAACCCCUGUCACCCCAGCUGCCUUAAUGCUUGGUGAUGAUGCGGCGCUUCUGACCCCGGGAAGGAUGAGUCAGCGUGGGAAGGAGGCGGGGCUUCAGACGCCCAGUAAAGACCUGCUCACAAGCCCCUCCCUCAGCUACAGCCACGGUUUUGAUCGUGGCAGAGAGGAAAUCCUGCCUCAGAAAGAAGACUCCUCACACUCCAUCUCCAAGAGCAAGUCAGAAACCAAGCUCUAUAAUGGCUCGGAUAAAGAUGUAUCGGCGUCUGGAAACAAACUUAAUAAGAAGGAGUCACUCAAGGUGCAAAAGAAGAACUACAGAGAAGAGAAAAAACGCGCCGCUAAAGAGCUGCUCAGCACCAUCACUGAUCCAUCUGUCAUCGUCAUGGCCGACUGGCUCAAGAUCCGAGGCACGCUGAAGAGCUGGACCAAGCUGUGGUGUGUGCUGAAGCCAGGCGUCCUGCUCAUCUAUAAAACCAAUAAGAACGGCCAGUGGGUCGGGACCGUCCUGCUCAACGCCUGCGAGCUCAUCGAGAGACCCUCCAAGAAGGACGGCUUCUGCUUCAAGCUCUUCCACCCGCUCGAGCAGUCCAUCUGGGCCGUCAAGGGUCCUAAAGGGGAAGCCGUGGGCUCCAUCACUCAGCCGUUACCCAGCAGCCACCUGAUCUUCAGAGCAGCUUCAGAAUCAGACGGCCGCUGCUGGAUGGACGCUCUUGAACUGGCUCUGAAAUGCUCGAGUUUGCUGAAGCGAACGAUGAUCCGAGAGGGCAAAGAGGAGAUGACGCAGACCGCAGAGCACUCGCAAAUCAACUUCUACAGUCUGCUGAGGGCACACAACAUGCAGGGCUUUCAGUUUAACGACAGCGACCAGUUUAAGGAUCCGGACCUGUACUCGGAUAAAUCGGACCGCGAGAACGAGCAGGAGCAGGAGGAGUGGGACAACGAGGUGAUGGAGAAAAGUGAGGAGAGCGACAGCGACACGUCAGAGCGACAGGACGACUCGUACCUCGACCUGGAUCCCAACGAGACGCUGCGGGAAACGACGUACAUCGAGCAGAGCCACGAGGAGCUGGGAGAGGCAGGCGAAGAGUCUCAGACAGAAACGGUAUCAGAGGAGAAUAAAUCUCUGAUCUGGACUCUCCUGAAGCAGGUUCGGCCCGGCAUGGACCUGUCUAAAGUGGUGCUGCCCACCUUCAUCCUGGAGCCACGCUCCUUCCUGGACAAGCUGUCCGAUUACUACUAUCACGCCGACUUCCUGUCCGAAGCGGCGGUGGAGGAAAACGCUUAUAACCGUCUGAAGAAAGUGGUCAAAUGGUACAUUUCUGGAUUCUACAAGAAGCCAAAGGGUUUGAAGAAACCGUACAACCCCAUUAUCGGAGAAACAUUUCGCUGUUUGUGGAUCCACACCAAAACCAACAGCAAAACCUUCUACAUCGCAGAACAGAUAUCCCAUCAUCCUCCGGUUUCAGCCUUUUACGUCAGCAACAGGAAGGAUGGCUUUUGUCUCAGCGGCAGCAUCCUGGCCAAGUCCAAGUUUUACGGAAACUCUCUGUCGGCCAUCUUGGACGGUGAAGCCAGGCUGUCGUUUCUGAACAGAGGAGAGGAUUACGUGAUGAACAUGCCCUACGCACACUGCAAAGGGAUCCUGUACGGGACGAUGACUCUGGAGAUGGGCGGUCAGGUGUCCAUCACCUGUGAGAAGACGGGCUACAGCGCUCAGCUGGAGUUCAGACUCAAGCCGUUCCUCGGCAGCAGUGACAGCGUGAAUCAGAUCAGUGGGAAGAUCAAGCUCGGGAAGGAGGUGCUGGCGACACUUGAGGGGCACUGGGACAGUGAAGUCUUCAUCAAUGAUAAGAAGACGGGUGAGAUGGAGAUGUUCUGGAACCCGACGCCGGAGCUGAGACAGAGCCGUCUGAUCCGCUGCACCGUCCCUCCUGAAGAACAGAGCGACUUUGAGUCCGAGAGGCUGUGGCAGCAUGUGACUCGGGCCAUCAAUAACAAGGACCAGACAGAGGCGACCAACGAGAAGUUCAUCCUGGAGGAGGCUCAGAGGAAGGCGGCCCGCGAGCGCAAGGUCAAGUGUGAGGAGUGGAUGCCCGCUCUGUUCGAGCAGGACCCGGCCACCGGAGAGUGGCAUUACCGCUACGCCGACACUCGUCCGUGGGAUCCGCUCAACGAUCUGAUUCAGUUCGAGAAAGACGGCUGUAUUCAGACCAAAGUGCGCCACAGGACGCCUAUGGUACGUUCAGCCAGUGUAGUUAGUCUCAGUACCCAGCAGGGCUCCCGGAGGGACAAUUACCUGAGCCAGGUGACGGGACCCAAGCGGAAACAUAAGAGUGACAAACCUAAAAGUCCAGAAAGUGGCUGCUCGUCUCCAGAGCCGGACCGCCAGGACUCUUCAGGCAGCGAGAGGCACAAGAGCAAACACAACACCCGCCUCCGAAAGAAAGGAACAGAUCUGAGUGAAAUCCAAAGUGCCAUUGAGUCGAUCAGACAAACCCAGGAAGACAUUAACAGGAGCGUCAACACUUUGAGGAGUCGAGUGGCGAAUCAGUCAUCGACAGAAAGUUCAUUCCUGACGCAAAGAGACGUGGCCAUCAUCCUCUUCCUCAUCUUCCUCCAGGUCCUCCUCAACUUCAUCUUUAAGUAACGGUCGAGAAUGACCCAGAAACCUCACUCCAUCCUUCAAUCAGUAUCGCCUCGCCACACUGACGGUUUCGUUUUUUUAUGGAUUUGUGUUGUGAUCGCUGCGAAAGGACGGCCAAUAUUGGACUGAAGUGCAUUGUGGGAUGUUUUAGAAAUGACUGUUUACUUUUAUUCCUCACUAAGAGAAAAUCUCAUCAGCCUCUGAACCAUUUAGGCCAUUAUUUUAAUUGAAUUUUAUAAUAUUUUUACCCUUCAUCAGCGCCCCCUGCUGUAGCGGAGGAUGUAAGUUUUAUAAAAUCUAGAUCACCCCCGGCCCAAAUUAGGGGGGAAAAAAAUAUAUAUAAAUAUAUAUAAUAUUGCUUAACAAAUCCCCUAUUCUACACAUUUGGUUUCUAUUUGUUUAACUUUUAUGAAUUUGUGUUGUGAUUGUUGCGAGAGGACGGACAAUAUUGUGCUGAAGUGCAUUGUGGGAUGUUUUAGAAAUGACUGUUUACUUUUCAAAACGAGGAAAUCACAUCAGCCUCUUAACGGUUUAGACCAUUGUUUUAUUUAUUUGUAUUCAUUUUUAUCCUCCAGCAGCGCCCCCUGCUGUAGCGGAGGACACAUGAUGAUAUUAAAAACAAAUUACUAUCAAAUCCAAAUAAUUAUUUUCCUCUUAAAAUUGGUAAAAAUAUGUCUUUUACCUAACAAUAACCCUGUUUUACAUAUUUUGCAUUGUGAUGUUAUUUUCAUGACACACACAAAACACAUUUCACCCCAGAUUGUCAUGACCUAAGUGCAAAAAAACAAUCUCGUUCUCACUGUUACCCCCCAAAAAAAAAUGUGUAUUUGUACGUAAUAGUAUUUAAUGAACUGCCUAAUUGAAAUACAAUUUUAACCGACACGUUAUACUAAUGAAAAUAUAGAAAAUGCUGCCCUAAAACUAAAAUAUUUAGAUUUCUUAAAAGUUCACUAACACAUAAAACUUAAAAGGGUUUAAUAUUUCUGAUGUUACUUGUAUUUUAUGACAUUUUUAUUAAACGAAUGAAGGAUGUUGGAGUUGAGGUCAAAUGUUGUAUUAUUUAAAAAACUGUGUCCGGGAACAAUUUCACUAUGAAUCUUAAAUUGAUCCUGCAUUUCAUACGUGUUUGAAGGUUAUAAUGUUUAAUUUAUUCAAACGAUACCGACGCGUGUACAGCAUAGCGAGCGUCACAUUUAAUAUUACUCUGAGGAAACCGUAGAUCUAGGCGUAGUGAACCUGUAGCAGGAAACAUGUACUUUUGUAGUUGCUUGACUCUCGUCUGCCACUGUUACAUCAGACUAGAUGUACGAUUAAAGAGCCAAAUAGUCUGAGAGUAGAUUAGCGUCUAAACGUCUCUUCUGUAUAUAACCAAGAACCGAUUUCCUUUUGUACUUGUAGAGAGAUGCAGUUAACCCAUAGCCCACGUGUCUUUGUUCUGCGGGCGUUCGGUCGCUCACACAGCGUGUUUGAAUGUGCUCACGUCGACAGGAACUAUUAAAAAAAAACAUGUGCCUUUCCAAGUUUGAGGGAUGUUGAGCCCAACUGUUGCAUUCCUACCAUGGUUUGUCUUUCUUUCUCUUGGAGUGAAUGUGCCAUAUUCAGAGGUUUUAGAUUCGUCCCGGAGCUCGACGCUGUCUUUAGUCGUGCAUCUGCCUCCGAAGCAGGGAUCAAACUCCACAUGCAUCACGUUCAGUGUUCUUUAGAUCGGUUUCUUUUUCUUUUCUUUUCUUUGAUAUGCACCAGGCUCUUUUUAAAGCGUUUUCACUCCAGGUGAUCUUUGUUGGUUUUGUUUUUGUUUUGGAUUAUUUCCUGCAGUUGUGUCUUUGUACAGAUGAUGCUUUAUUUGUGAUACAGAAAUAACUUUCUGUAAGUUUAUUGUUACCUGUGACAUAUCACCAAAUAAAUGAAAAAGAACGAA